AUGUCUUGGUUUGGAAACGGAACCCCCAGCACCCAAGAAUUGGAUAGUAAGAUCGAGGAGGCGACUCUGGAAUCAAUUCCUAAUGGAGAGUUUGAUGUUGCCGUUGCGUUUGAAAUCACCGAUAUCAUCAGAAGCAAAAAAAUCCUGCCUAAACAGUGUAUGAGAUGUUUAAAGAAGCGAUUGACUAAUACCUAUCAGAACCCCAAUUUAUUGACUUCUUCUUUGAAGCUAGUUGAUGUUUGUGUCAAGAAUGGAGGAUACCACUUUUUGGUAGAACUUAGCUCAAAGGAAUUCAUGGAUUACUUGGUGGAUUUUAUAUUCAAAGUCAAUUAUAAUAUCCAUGAUGGUAAGGUCAUUGGUAAUCAGGCUAAACUUGAUGUUGGGAAUUUGAUAUUGGGGUUGAUCAAGAAUUGGAAGCUAUUCUUCAAAAACCAACUCCAAUUGAACUACGUCGAAACCUGUUAUAAUGACCUAGUGAGAAGAGGCUAUGAAUUCCCUGAGACUGACACUUCGGAAUAUUUAAACGGGGUAUUUAUUGAUUCGGAGACCCCAGCCGAUUGGGUUGACAAUGAUGAAUGCAUGAUCUGUUAUAAGCCCUUUUCCAUGAUGAACCGAAAGCACCACUGUCGGUCAUGUGGAGGGGUGUUUUGUCAAGAGCAUUCUUCUCAUUCAAUCCCUCUACCAUCCUUAGGAAUAACUGAGCCAGUGAGAGUGUGUGAUAAUUGUCAUUUUAAAUUGAAGUACAAGUUGAAGGAAAAUAACAAUUUAUCGUUGUCGAAUAACAAGCAUAGCAGAUCAGCACUGCAAAACAAUGUGAACCACGAAGGAGAGGACGAGGAUUUGAAGAGAGCCAUCGAAAUGAGUUUGAAGGAGUCCGGAGGUAUUGAAGUUGCUCAGCCUUCUUCACACCCUCCCUCAAACCCACCUCCUAAAGGUGAUGAUGAAGAGGAUGAGGAAAUGAAGGCCGCAAUUGCUGCAAGUCUUAAAGAAUUCCAAGCACAAGAACAACUGUAUAAGCAACAACUGAAUACUCGAGCACCUCAGCCUAUUUUGGAAGAACCAAAAUCAGAGUUCUACAACAAUAUUUUUCCAUUUGACAAGUACUCAACACCACAGUCUGAUCCAUAUCAAGCUACUUCUCCUUCUCAGUAUCAAUAUUCUUCACCACCACAGCAAAGCAGCGGACCUCUCACGCCUGCUCAGCAUAUGGAGAAACACAACCAAUUGCAUUCUGAGGGAUUAACUCAAAAUGAAGAAGACUCCAUUAGCUUGUAUGUCACAUUGAUCAACCAGAUAAAGACCGAUAAGUCUAGACAAUCGAACGUUCUUCAUGAUAAGGAUUUGAAUGAUUUACAUUCUAAAGUGAUUCAAAUCAAGCCUAAAUUGAAUAGAACUUUAAGAAGCUCUAUUGAAAGGUAUGAGACAUUCGUGGCUUUGAACAACAAGAUAUCCACUAUUACUAAGCUUUAUGAUCAAUUCUUGGAGAAUAAAUUGUCACAAGCGUAUGGAAACCAGACCCUUUACAACCCUUAUCCUAAUCAGCAAUAUGAUGAAAAUUAUAAGGACCAAAAUGGAACGAGCUAUCAAACCCAAUCUCAGCAUGGUUACAGUAACGGCUAUGGAGAACAACAAAGGUAUACAGGUUAUCCGGGCCAGGAUCUGAACAACCAAUACAGUCAGCCACAGUCGACGGGCCAAUAUAACCAACCCCAGGCAACUGGUCAGUAUAGUCAACCACAAACUACUGGUCAAUACAAUCAACCACAAACUACUGGUCAAUACAAUCAACCACAAACUACUGGUCAGUACAGUCAACCUCAAGCUAAGGGUCAGUAUAUUCAACAGCAGGCUACCGACCCCUUGGGGCAAAACACUGGUCAAUACUCCACAUCAUUCAGUCCUCAAACUCCAACUGCUCAACCUUAUCCUUCUCAACACGAACAGUUCGAGGAAAGCGAACCUAACUAUGAUGAACCAGAAUCCACUACCCAAUCAUAUAAUGCACCAAUCGAAACACCAAGUUACUCUCAGGAGUUUACCAAUAUCUCGGCAUAUCCUCCAAUUGAGAACACAGGAAAGUUAAGAAGCGAGCCAGACUAUCCUCCAACUUCCACAUACCCUGAACAAAAUCAAUAUGACACGGGUAGCUCUAUUGAGUCUACCAGAUCAAGGUUUCCUCCGAUAGAGGAUGUUAAGGCCGAGUAUCCACAACACCCAUCUGCGUCCAAUAUAUCAAAGUUGCCUCAGCUUCCUGAUUCUUUUUCGAGUCCACCACCAACAUCUUUUACUUACCCAAGCUCAGAGGAAACGUCCAAGAGAGUUGAAGAGCCUUUGAUAGACCUUUGA